AUGGCCUCUAGAGGAAGCAUGGACUUGUCAAACAAUAAGAUUUCUAAUGAAAUUCCAAAAAAGACCACAAAGCUACAUGAAUUGUGCUUCCUCAACUUAUCCAACCACCAUUUGACAGAAAGGAUUCCAGAAAAUAUCAACAUCGUGGCAGAGUGGUCUCUUGACUUGUCGAUGAACACAACAAGGGCCUCUGGUGAAGCUAAUCAUUCACCAUCUCAAGCAGCAGAUGAUGAAGAUGGUGACAAUCAUGAAACCAUUCUGGACUAUGACUUCAUUCUCAUGGGAUUCGUAGUUGGCUUUUGGGCAUGUUUUGGCAUGAUUAUCAUGAAAAAGUCCAUAAGAGUUGCUCUCUUCCAGUUGGACAAGAUUUGUGACUGGAUCUAUGUUCAGAUGACAAUGAAGUUUUUUGAGCUCAAGUCAAAAUGGCAAAGAUAA